AUGAAUUCCGAGAAACAAAAAACCCUAAAAAAAAGGAAGAACACACCCACAAAAAAUCAUGAUGAAGAACUAUGUGAUCAUCCUACAAAAUACCAACAGCUUGAUGAUAAUGAUUCUAAUUCUCUCCUUGAUCUUACCCUCUCCCUUGCUUCAAACCCUAACCCUAUUACCCCAAACCCUAGUUCAUAUAAGCCAAAGCGUGAACGACGAAACCCUACACGAGUUCGAUCCAAAGGCGAAAAAAUAAUCAAGAGCAAUACGAUCCAAGCCCCGUACCCUUGGGCUACUGACCGUCGAGCGAAUGUCCAUACGUUGAAAUACUUGUUAGACAAUGGUAUCGACACAAUAUCUGGUGAAGUGCAAUGCAAGAAAUGUGAGAAUAGAUAUAGUAUGAACUAUGAUCUUAGGGAAAAUUUUCAAAACAUUGCUAAGUUUAUAUUAAACGAGCAAGAUCAGUGGCACGACCGUGCUCCUAAACAGUGGGUAACAUAUAAACUUCCAACGUGCAAAAUUUGUAUGCAAGAUGAUAGUUGUAAGCCUUUGAUUUCUACUAAGAAAAGAUCUAUUAAUUGGUUGUUUUUGUUGUUGGGACAAUUGUUAGGGUGUUGUACUUUGGAGCAACUUAAGUAUUUUUGUAAGCAUACAAAUAUUCAUCGCACGGGGGCGAAAAAUCGUGUGCUUCUUUAUACGUAUUUGGCGUUGUGCAAGCAACUUGAGCCUCAUGGCCCGUUUUAUUAUCAAAGUAUUUAG